UUGAUGUUUUGUAUGAAUCCGCCCGACUGGUAGGUUUACCACUUACUAUCGCAUACAAUAUGGAUGAUUGCGAAAUAUUGAAGAGCGGAAAUGUCGAGGUGAAAAUCGACUUUAUCCGCCGAUUGUACCUUACUGUACUUGGUAUGGAUACCCUCUUUCCUCUACCGUUCAAGAGAUCCUUCAAUCCAAAGGAAUUUAGACGUUCGACAUUUGCAUGGAUAAAUUUGAUUUUCCUGACCAGUAUUGCACGCUGGAUAUAUGACAAACCUAGCUUGGAUGAUACACUUACUCUACAGAUUUCGAUGGCGUAUGACUUGGGACUAAAGUCUGUGGAAUCUGAAGAUUCAAAAUCAUUGAUGUUUAAGUAUACCUCAGACUGUGUCCGAUUAUAGUAUCUUUUUAGCAGCUAUAUCUUUGUAUAUUCGUGUAUGUAUUUCAACAAGGAAAGUUUUUAGGCUAGAGAAAUAGUGAGUCAAAAAAAUAAUAAUAAUUUAUUUAUCUUUGCUUAAAAAAUAUUUUCAAAACAAAAAACAACAAAAUAACAAAACAAAAAACAAAAAAAUAUUAAAAUGACAUAAAUUAUAGUAACAAUACUUUCCAAGUAAGGCAAAUACUUCUUUAUUGUCUGUUUAACAUAGCUGACUAAUAAACCAUGUAUACCCACAUUUAAUUAUUAUUCUUUUAAAAAAUAAAUAAAAUAAAAAGACUUUUUCUUG